GUUGUCAAAAACAGCAGUGCGGUGAGAGAAAGAAAGCGAGAGGAAUGGCCGAGUCAGAUUUGUUGUCGUCGUCUUCGCUGCAGGAGAAUGCGUCGGCGACGGCGUCGUCGCCGUCAGCCAGGGUGCCGGCCACCUUCGAGGGCGCCGCCGUCGCCUACGGCAGCCUGGUGCUGAUGGCCCUGCUGCCCAUCUUCUUCGGCGCCUUCCGAUCUGUCAAGCACCACAAGGAACAGAGGGAAUCUGGCGAAACACCGGACAUCAUGUCUCACAGAGACGCAGCCCUAUUUCCGAUAAUCGCCAGCGCCGCUCUCUUCGGCCUGUACAUCUUCUUCCAGAUCUUCUCCAAGGAGUACAUCAACUUACUUCUCACAGGCUACUUCUUCUUCCUUGGAGUCCUCGCUCUUUGCCACCUUCUCAGCCCGAUCAUCAGCUCGCUGGUGCCAGCAGCGAUCCCGAACGUCCAUUAUCGGGUGCAGAUGGUAAAAUUGCAGACUAGCGGAGGCAAUGGCGCUGACGAAGACCUGAUCAACUACUCCUUCAGCACGCACGACCUAGUCUGCCUUCUCUUCUGCACUGUGAUUGGCGUUUGGUACCUGCUCAAGAAACACUGGAUCGCAAACAACCUUCUCGGUCUGGCGUUUGCAGUCAACGGCGUGGAGCUGCUGGCCCUGAACAAUGUGGCCACCGGAGUCACUCUGCUUGGCGGUCUCUUCAUUUACGACGUUUUCUGGGUGUUUGGCACGGAUGUCAUGGUGACUGUUGCCAGGAGCUUUGAGGCACCUAUCAAGUUGGUUUUCCCGCAAGACAUUUUGGAGAAUGGAUUAGCUGCCAACAACUUUGCAAUGCUUGGCCUUGGCGACAUCGUCAUCCCUGGAAUUUUCAUCGCUCUCCUCCUCAGAUUUGACCACAGCCGAAGCAGUGGCAAGUCGCACGUGUACUUUGCAACCAGCUUCCUGGCAUACAUUGCAGGCAUGGCGGCUACGAUCGUGGUGAUGCACGUGUCGAAACAUGCUCAGCCUGCCCUUCUCUACUUGGUGCCCGCCUGUGUUGGGGCCACUCUUGGUCUUGCCGUCCUCCGCAGGGAGACCAAGCUCCUCUUCCAAUACGAAGAUUCGCCCAAAGAGGAAGUAGAAGGCGAGAAGAAAGCAGACAAGAAGGCAAAGUGAAAAUGACAUGCUGAAUAAAAAAUGUGAAGACUUGUUUAAAUGUGAAUGAUUUGUUUCUCCUGCUGUGUAAAUGUGCGCACUGUGAAAAUUGCUCUUGCUGUUAUUGAUUUGAUAUUUUGCUAUUAAGUUAUACAUCCUGUUACAUCAAACUGUUCCGUAAAUGUGCUUGCUUUUUCUUAUUUUCAAAACGAUGUAAUCAUUUUCCGACCACGCACAAGUUUCAGAUUCAUUUUGCACAUCCUGACUUUUCUUUUAAGUUCAAAAAUGAAUUUCAGACACUCGCAUAAUAUAACUGGCUAUUCUAUUUUUGUUUGCAUUAAAUACUGCGGUAUUAUAAA